AUGAAAAGUGCGUGUAACAGAUCAAAGGACGAGGAAUCUUCUCCAACUUCAACCCUAAAUUCUUUAUCUCGAACUACAAGGCCACCACAGCCAAGUUCUACCAAUGAGGAGGCUUUUAUGAAAUGCAUUGAAGCUAUCGAAACAGGAGACGUCAAUAUUAUCAAUAAGACUAGCGAUAAAGAAAAAAAAUGGUGGAUCGGAAGAUACUUGUUUUGGUUUGGACCGAAGAUCUGCACAACAAGCAGAUGCUUCAUUUCUCCAAAUCGUUUAUCUAUGCCAUCUCCUAAUCCAAGUGAUGCUCAGGUCAAGCACAAGGAAGAUUCCAGCCAGUUCAAAUGCUCGAAUUUGGGACCAUUGAUAGAUAUAGAAGGCCAUAUGAUGGUUGCUCAGUUCAGAGAACGUGUUGUGACAAUCGCACCAGCAU